UGCUCGCUACAGGCUACAGCGCAAUUCACAUAAGUGAAAAUUGUUAUUACCUUCGUAGAGCAUUCGUUGAGUUGGUCGCGUUUUGCAUUUGACGAGUUUCCAUAGUUUUUUCAACUCUAAGCAACGGAAAGACAAAGCAUAAACGUUACACCUUUCUUAUAAACAAAUCAAAUAAACAAAUUCAAUAAAUUCAAGCGUGAGCGAACGUCGAAAAGACUAAAAUGCAAAUUUUUGUGAAAACCCUCACCGGCAAGACAAUUACCUUGGAAGUGGAAUCAUCAGACUCCAUUGAAAAUGUCAAGUCCAAGAUCCAAGACAAAGAAGGUAUUCCUCCCGAUCAACAGCGUCUGAUUUUUGCCGGUAAACAAUUGGAAGAUGGACGUACACUUUCCGACUACAAUAUCCAGAAAGAAUCCACCCUUCAUUUGGUACUCCGUCUUCGUGGAGGAAUGCAAAUUUUUGUGAAAACCCUCACCGGCAAGACAAUUACCUUGGAAGUGGAAUCAUCAGACUCCAUUGAAAAUGUCAAGUCUAAGAUCCAAGACAAAGAAGGUAUUCCUCCCGAUCAACAACGUCUGAUUUUUGCCGGUAAACAAUUGGAAGAUGGACGUACACUUUCCGACUACAAUAUCCAGAAAGAAUCCACCCUUCAUUUGGUACUCCGUCUACGUGGAGGAAUGCAAAUUUUUGUGAAAACCCUCACCGGCAAGACAAUUACCUUGGAAGUGGAAUCAUCAGACUCCAUUGAAAAUGUCAAGUCUAAGAUCCAAGACAAAGAAGGUAUUCCUCCCGAUCAACAACGUCUGAUUUUUGCCGGUAAACAAUUGGAAGAUGGACGUACACUUUCCGACUACAAUAUCCAGAAAGAAUCCACCCUUCAUUUGGUACUCCGUCUUCGUGGAGGAAUGCAAAUUUUUGUGAAAACCCUCACCGGCAAGACAAUUACCUUGGAAGUGGAAUCAUCAGACUCCAUUGAAAAUGUCAAGUCUAAGAUCCAAGACAAAGAAGGUAUUCCUCCCGAUCAACAACGUCUGAUUUUUGCCGGUAAACAAUUGGAAGAUGGACGUACACUUUCCGACUACAAUAUCCAGAAAGAAUCCACCCUUCAUUUGGUACUCCGUCUACGUGGAGGAAUGCAAAUUUUUGUGAAAACCCUCACCGGCAAGACAAUUACCUUGGAAGUGGAAUCAUCAGACUCCAUUGAAAAUGUCAAGUCCAAGAUCCAAGACAAAGAAGGUAUUCCUCCCGAUCAACAACGUCUGAUUUUUGCCGGUAAACAAUUGGAAGAUGGACGUACACUUUCCGACUACAAUAUCCAGAAAGAAUCCACCCUUCAUUUGGUACUCCGUCUACGUGGAGGAAUGCAAAUUUUUGUGAAAACCCUCACCGGCAAGACAAUUACCUUGGAAGUGGAAUCAUCAGACUCCAUUGAAAAUGUCAAGUCUAAGAUCCAAGACAAAGAAGGUAUUCCUCCCGAUCAACAACGUCUGAUUUUCGCCGGUAAACAAUUGGAAGAUGGACGUACACUUUCCGACUACAAUAUACAAAAAGAAUCCACCCUUCAUUUGGUACUCCGUCUUCGUGGUGGUGCAAAUAAUUAAUGGAUUUAUUCCAACUCAUAAUUUUUAAUAUUCCAAAUGAUAACUUUCUAUACUCAUUAAUAAUGUAAUAUCCGUAAAUAAACAAUAAAAUAUUGGUACACAAUUUUAAGAAUUCAAAAUAAAAUAUUAUUCACUACAUUUUAAA